CUCUGACUUAGGCCCAUGAAAGGAGGCUGGGGGCUGGGCCACAGCCUCUCCAGCUGCAGGGGCUGGUUCUUGGGCCCGGCUGACCCGGCCUUCCUGGGUGUCCCCCUGGCAGCCGUGCAGCGCAUUGCCGAGUCUCACCUGCAAUCCAUCAGCAACCUGGGCGAGAACCAGGCCUCGGAGGAGGAGGAUGAGCUUGGGGAGCUGCGGGAGCUGGGCUACCCAAGAGAGGAAGAAGAGGAGGAGGACGAUGAAGAAGAAGAGGAGGAGGAGGACAGCCAGGCUGAAGUCCUGAAGGGCAGCAGGGGGCCUGUUGGGCAGAAGACAACUUGUGGCCAGGGUCUGGAGGGGCCCUGGGAGCGCCCGCCCCCUCUGGAUGAGCCCCAGAGAGAUGGAAGCUCUGAGGACCAAGCGAAAGACCCCGCACUAAGCGAGCCUGGGGAAGACCCACAGCGCCCUGCCCACCCUGAGCCUGGCACAUAGGCACUCAGCUCUGCAUCUCCCAGAAGGAAGUGGAGGGGGCAUCACUGUUCCGCAGAAACCCUCUAUCCCCACCCUGUUUUCUACCCUUCCCCUCACUCGCUAGGGCUGCGGCUUCUGACUUCUAGAAGACUCAAGCUGGUCUGUGUUUGCUUGUUUGCCCACUUUUGGCUGAUGCCCAGAGUCCUGGGCACUUGCUGCCUGAUGCCUACCCCUGCCAGUUAUUCCCCUAUUCACCCAGUGGGAUGCAGGAUGCGGGAGAAAUUGCUUGGAAAAUCCAGUAAUCGAGGGACAGAGGUCCAUCCUUCACCAUUCUACUUCCAGACCCUCUCCCUUGGGCACAGGAAAACCACAGGGCAGGACCCUAGGAUCUGAGGAAGUGGGUACAGAGAACCUGUAGGUGCCCUAGAUCCUUCUCCAUCCCCUCCUCCGAUGGGGGAUUCCCAGUCACCGCCCGGCUUCUACCAGGGCUGAGGAUUCAGGCACCCUUCUCCGCAGUCUCUUCAUUUUGGAAAUCUUCCCCUGUCACCCCUGUUCCCUAGCCUGGGUGCCUGGAAGACGGACUGGCAGAGGCUGCUUUGUUGCGUUUUGUUUGUGCUUUGAUGCCAGGAAUGCCACCUAGUAUACAUCCUUGGGGGGGGCACAUGUUGGGGGGAGCCAGGUUCUUCUUGUCCUCCUGCUGCUCUGCCCCCUUCCCCUCUUCCCUGACUCCAGACCUGAACCGCUCCUGUGCUGUAAUAAAUCUUUGUAAAUAAC